AUGUCCGCGAACGCAAGUACUCGCUCCGAUAUGCCCCAAGAGAAAGACCCAGCGUCGACAAAGGCGCGAGAGCAGGCGACAUGGAAACGUGCGAGAGGUGCUAUAAGUUGUGCAGAGUGUAGAAGGCUCAAGCUAAAAUGUGACAGGAUUGUACCAUGCUCCUCUUGCAGACGACGAGGUUGUGCUCAUAUCUGUCCCAACGGCAGCCUCGUCACAGGCCAAGGCACUCGCUUUGUUCUGGCCGACACCGACCGAUUACACAACAAAAUAACGGAAAUGAGCACACGGAUACGUCAGCUCGAGGAUGCUCUCGCGCUCUCCCACUUCAACAGUUCUCGAGACCCGCAUCCUCUCCUUAGCCGUGAAAACCUCAAAGUCAAGUCAAUCAUCGACUUGCACGCCGCACCCAACGCAGGCCCUCUUGAUGGCGAAACGAAUGGCGAGGGCGAGGGAGAUGGAGACGACACCCCGUCCCUCGAUAUUUUUGGUACUCUGGCACUGAGAGAUGACGGCGGCUCGACAUUUUAUGGGCGUUCUGCAGGUCAGGAGGGAGAAAGCGACACGCCGGAAGGGAGCCCUGCUGGAUUUCAAGACGGCGAGUCGAGUCCAUCCAUUGCCAACGUCGCUUCUGUGGCGGAGGUAGCCGCUACUGCGGGAACAUCUACCGGCCUUCCUACCCACGUCCUCCAAGUUUCGUCCGCUUUCCCAGAUGCAUCUGUCAGCAUGCCCCGGUACACUCUGGAGGCCUAUCUUCCGCCAUACGCACGGGCAGUCGAACUGAUUGCGCUCUAUCUCGAGAUUGGGCCUUGGUUCUUCGGAGCAGUCAAGGAGCGGCAACUGAACGAGGAACUUAUUCCUAUGUUCUAUCCGCUGGACUGCAGAGCCGAAGAUACCUACUCCUCGCCCUCGGCCUCAGGUUCUACGUAUUCUGCACAGAGCCCUAGCAACAAUUCUGACACCCAAGGGCAGACUCCUAACAGUACAUCGGCUCAGCCCAGCUCAGCAGCCCAGUCCCCCGCUGCGGCGUUUACUCCCGGUUCAACAGGGGGUGCCUCUCAAUCGACCUCCAGCUCUUCCCUACCGGACCCGACUCCUCACGAUCUGUCGCUUCUCUUUAUCAUCUUCUGCUUCGGGGCUUUGGUAGACGAAAAUCUCCCGGCUGCACCUAAUAAUCCAGAGGCGGUGCGUUAUUUCCUAUUGACGAGGGCUGCAUUGGCGCUCGACCCGGUUUUGGACAGGGCGCCGGCAGUGAGCACAGUCCAGGCGUUGAGCAUGAUGGCGAUCUAUAAUGGCCUGGUGGCGAAUGAGACGAGUAUCGAGAGCACGUGGGCGUAUUGGGGGCUCGCCGCGAAGUUGUGUCAGAGUGUGAACCGUGAUUGCGCGAGAUGGAAGCUGUCUCCGGCCGAAGUGCAAAAGCGGAGGGCUUUGUUCUGGGAGCUCUUCAUCACUGACUGUUGGCAGAGUCUUGCGACGGGCCGCCUGCCAACUUUCGCGUUAGCCUUUGUGGACUGUGAGCUUCCGCAGGAUACUGAACAGACCUUAUCAAAUGAUGGGAAGCCACAACAUUCAUUUCCGUACUGGAAAGCUUUGUUCGGCAAACAGUGCGUCUCUGCCGUCGUCACAGGCAUUUUCACAGCGCGUCCGCCAAAGUACUCCGUCAUCGUCGAGGUCGACAGACAGGUGCGGGACCUGGACUUGCCACAAUAUGCCGUCGAUCCACCGCCGAGGGGUGCGGGUCUGAGUGUGACGAUGCAACAUUACAUGCCCAUCAACUAUUUCCACUUCACGCUCAUAUACACCCACCGCACGUUCUUUGCCCAAGGGCUCUGCGACCAACCGCUCGACCCACUGAAGUCGCAGUAUGCGCCGAGUAUCCUGGCGGGGUAUAGGAGCUCUUGUGAUUUAUUGUUGUUGUUGAGGGAGCAGUUCACGUUGUUUCCGGCGAGGAUAGCGAGGUUCUGGGUGUUGUGGACGCAUGCGUUUUCAGCGUCGGUCAUGCUCGCGCUGAUCCCCGUCCGCGCACCACAGUCGAAACUGGCACAUACGGCACUUAUGGAACUCAAGCUCGCCUCUGAUCUCUUCGAGGAAGCCGCCCCGUACGGUGGGCGUGCGGGGAAGAUGUUGCCAGUCGUCAAGCGACACCUCUCGAAAGCGUACAAUUCCUUCCAGACCGCCCGUUCGCAGCUGUCCAAGACGCCCGAGGGGAUCUUUGCGCAUCCCGACCGGGACGAAUUUUCGAUGUUCUCUGGGGUUACGCAUACGGUCAAUACGCGUACGAAGAUGCAGCCUCCGCGGCUCAAGAUUACUGGGAAGAGUUCGUCGACACCUGCAUCUACGUCGGGAGGUUCAGGUUCGGCGCAUGGAUCGCAGACUGGGACGCCGAGUACGACUAUGCAUACGCCUGAUAUGGAGCACCCUGAGGCACAAUCACAAUCGCAGCAAGGACAAGGACAUAAUCAGCUUCGGGCUCAGAGCCAAGGUCAUUCAAGUCAUAGUCAAAGCCCGAGUAUGGAUACCGAUAGUGCUCAAGGCCAGGCAGCGGAGCCAUCGCACGUACAGAAUCAAGCUCAUACUCAAGCUCAUCAGCAUCCGUACGACGGAGACUACGCUCGUACCCAAUCUGAAUCUCAGGACCAACAACAAAUCCUCCAGUACCCCGAAUAUCCCGAACAACACGCCAUGGUCGUCGAGCCGCCAGUGGUGGCGUGGGGCCAGGCGCAUCUGCAUGCGUCGCUCGUCGACCAGCUCGCGACGUUCGAUCGGACGCUGGAUGCGCAGAUUAGUAGUGGGGUGGCGCAGCCGGGGGUGUGGCAGGGUAUGCCGGCUGUUAUUUAUGGUCAUGGUCAUGGUGGAGGCGGAGGAGGCGGAGGUGGACAUGGAGACGGUGGUAGGAUGGAGAUGAUUUCGUCGGUGGAUCAGCAUCGUCAACAUCCUGGGGAGGGCGAGGCCGGUGGUCACGGUCAGGUUCCGUCGCACCCGCAUGCGGCACCCAUGCAGCACGUACCGGCUCAGGCGCAGGCUUUGGUGCCACACCCACAUCAAUCGCAUGCACUCUAUGACCCACGGCAACAGCACCAGGUUCACUCGACGUAUGGGAGUGGUGUCGAACACGGAGCGCCGUCUGGAAUCCCGUCGUCGUAUUCCGCCCAUUAUGACCACCAUCCUCAGCAUCCUCAACAUCCUCACACUCAAGACAGACAGGGCUACACUCAACGCCA